GUGCCCGCACUUUCAUCCACCGGAAGUAAACCCAGAGAGACUCGGAAGUUCUUCCUGUACUAAAGCAUCACGUCCAUCAUCAGAAGGGCAUCUGUCGGCCAAAAUGUUUAGCAAAGUUAUCGGCCAGAAGUAUGCGGCCAUCGCUAAGUCAUGGGUUCCCACCAUGGCUGUGUGGGGCACAACUGGAGGCGUAGCUUUGGUUUACUUCACAGACUGGCGAUUGGUUUUGGAUUAUGUUCCCUACAUCAAUGGCAAAUUUAAGAAGGAUGACUAGUGGCAGUCAGGUCAUUGCUGGGUUAUUUUUUCUGUAUAUUUAAUACAAAUAACAAAAUAUUGAACAUGCGCCUCUGCAGCCAUGUUAGAAGAAAUCUGGAGGCCAUCGUCUUCAUCCAGCAGCCCAGUCAACGUGGAACUGUCUUCCAUCUGCUGAAAUGUAUUAUGGUCACUGUCUCCAUGGAAAAUAGUAAACAAAUGAUGACAAACUUGUUUUUCCUCUUCAGUUUGAGGGCAAUUUUUUCAUCAUUUAUGCUCUUUGGGGCCAUAUGUGACUUGAUUUUGCAAUAAAGAAAAGUAUAUGA